AUGUACCCCGGCAACAAGCGGAAAAAGCUCUGGCGGGAGGAGAAAGAGCGUUUGCUGAAGAUGACCUUGGAAGAAAGACGCAAAGAGUACUCAAGGGAAUAUGUUGCAUUGAAAAAUAUUCCAACAUGGAUGGAGGACUUAAAAAGCAAGAGUGAAAGUGAUGGUGAAAAUGCUAAAGAAGAUCUGCAAGGGAAGAAGAGUCUGAGUGACAAAGUUUCUCUCUACAGAGGCGACAUUACUCUGCUUGAGGUUGAUGCCAUCGUUAAUGCUGCUAAUUCCAGCCUUCUUGGAGGUGGAGGAGUGGAUGGCUGCAUCCACAGAGCUGCCGGGCCCUGCUUAGUUGCUGAAUGUCGCAACCUGAGUGGCUGUGAGACUGGGCAAGCGAAAAUUACCUGUGGAUACGAGCUACCUGCAAAAUAUGUGAUCCAUACUGUUGGACCGAUUGCAAGAGGCCAUCUUACUGACACUCAUAAAGAAAACUUGGCAAGUUGCUAUAAAUCCUCUCUGAAACUGGCAAAAGAAAACAACAUCAAAUCAAUUGCAUUUCCCUGUAUUUCAACAGGAAUUUAUGGUUUUCCAAAUGAGCCUGCUGCUGUCAUUGCCCUUAACACUAUUAAGGAAUGGUUAAGCAAGAAUCACAAUGAGGUGGAUCGUAUCAUCUUCUGUGUCUUUUUGGAGGUUGACUACAAAAUUUUCAAGAAGAAAAUGGGCGAGUUUUUCCCCUUAGAUUAUGAUAGUGAAGGAGGGACUGAGCUGGUUGAAGAGACAGGGUUGGAACCGAAACAGCAGCCUCCAUCUCCCACAAAGAGCAAAGCAGAGCAGCCCGAGGAUCUGCAAGAUGAUGCUGAAGGCGGUAAUGACACAGAAGAGAAGCAAAACACUGAAGAGCCCGAGGCCCAGAGCCAAGAAUCAGAGGAGACGAAACCUUCUGCUGUAGCCAGGCGAUCAUCAUCAGAAGAAACAGAGCUGAGCGAGGGUAAAGACUCCCUGAAACACUCCAAGAGUGCGCAGGAGAGUGGCCCGGUGCCUCCUGUGGGAUGUGAACAAGAGCAAGCCAAAGGACAGCAGGAUGUUUCUGCAGAGGAGGAGAUGAAAACUGGGGCAGAUUUUCAAAGCUCCUGCAUGGAAAGAGAAGAGCCAUUGCUGAAACAAGAAGACACAACAGAAGUUGAAAUACCUUUGAUUCAUGGUGCAGAGGAAAAAGAAGAUGAUGAAGGAAAAAAAGGAGGAGGAGGAGGAGGGAUGCAAGGGAAAGAGGACACUUCUGCAGAUCCUAUGGAAGUUGACCUUGCAUGUGAAGCAGCAGAUGUUUCAAAUAAGGAUGCUGAAAUGAAUAGUCAAGUUGAAAGUAUAACUGAUCCUAAGGACACAGAGCGGGAAGCUUAAGUAGCAGCAAAGGAAGGAUGCAGGAGAGGAAAGACCCCAGG